AAAAGAGUAUCUACAUAGGUACAUACAUGUACAUAUAUAUACAUAUCAAAUAAAGAAAAAAUAUUGAGUUGCAUCAAAUACUAAAUUAAAGAGACUUGCAAUGCAUAAUUAUGGGAAUACUUUUGUAAGAGGGCCUUCGCCUUCAUACACAGAAGAUGCAACAUCUGAAAAUGGUUUGUCUGCAACGCUUCCAUUGGAAUCGGAUCUGCACAUCCAGAACAAUGCUGCUAACUGCGUAGGCAAGAAAUUCCAUAGUGACUAUGAAAAAAGUUAUAACGAUACCAUCCAAAAGGGCCGAAAAACAUUUGCAUUUUGGACGCUGUUUAUUAUAAUGCUGAUGCUUACAAUAGGCAACCUAAUUCUUAUGGUGAUAAUAUUUGGCGUUAUACAUCUUGGCAGAGGCAUUAAUGGAAUAGAAAACAUUCCGGAACAUGACUUGAUUAAGUUUUAUGGAAAUACCGAUUUAGACCGUGUAUACAGUAAACAAACAGGUAGAAUUGAUGGCUUUACUGAAGAACCAGUCACCAUUACUGGCGAUGACGGUGUUUAUGUACGUCUACAUAAGAAUGGACAGGCUUAUAAUCGCUUGGUAUUGGAUAAAUUUGGUAUACAAUUUCAGUCUGUUAACAAUUUUGAAGUUAAAAAUUCGAUAAGUGGAAAUUCAAUUUUCACAUCUCAUCGUCCACAUUACAAUAUUCCAGCCGGUGCUGAAAAUUUGAUAGCAAAAACAGUGAGUGCUAGCCGCAUUGCAAGCCCCACCGAUCGUCCACUCAACAUGGAUGCAGAUGUAGGCGUUUCAUUUAAAGGAUCAGAGGGGAUUUCAGUAGAUGCUGCUAAUAUACUGAUUCAGUCAUUAUCUUAUGACAUGAAUGUUAAUUCAACUGAUGGACUAAUCGUUUUGGAGGCAGGAGCUGGCAUCUAUUUGGAUAUGGAUAAAAUACCAAUAGUCAGCUCUGAAUUUGGUUUGCGAACUGGUAGUAUUCAAUACAAAAUUUGCGUUUGCAUGCCGAAGGGUAAUAUUUUCCGAAUAUCGGUACCAAGAACUCGCAGUGGACCCAAAGUAACAUGUGCCCAUUUUAAUUCAAAAUAUGACCCCUGCGCUUAAGAUGGGAUGGUUACAGAAAAUUACGAUUAAAUGUUAGUAUUUUUGUUAAGUUAUGAGUUGCCAUGGUAAUAUCGUUUUAUAAAUAAAUCUGUAUUUCUAUAAACAAAUAAAAA